AUGGGGCCUCGAAGUCGAGUCAGGGCUGCCAAAUGCCAGAUGCUGGUCACAAGUUUUUUCGUCUUGCUGCUGGGUCUAUCUUUGGCCACCAUGGCAGUUAUCAUGUACUUCGGGGCCCACUCCACUGUCAUUAGCCGCACCUCCUUGGAGAGUAACCCAUACAAGGCUACACACUGCUGGGCCUUCUACACAGGAAUGAGCCUGGCAGGCCUCCUGACCCUGGGGGCCACCCUGAGUGCUGCAGCCACUGUGAGAGAGGCCCAGGGCCUCAUGGCCGGGGGCUUCCUGAGCUUUGCCCUGGGCUUCUGUAUCCUGGCACAGGUGACCUUCUGGAGAUCCCGCAACCCUACCCAGGUGGAGGAUGCUGCUUUGGAUACCUACGACCUGGUAUAUGAACAAGCGGUGAAGACUGCAUCCUUUGUCUGGCAGCAGGAGCUAGCGGCCAUCCAGGAUACGUUUCUGUGCUGUGGGAAGAGGUCUCCUUUUGGCCGUCUGGGGGGCAUGGAAGCCAGUCUGUGCCAGGGAGAGGAGGCGGCAAGAGAGGACUGCCUGCAGGGCAUCCAGAGCCUUCUGAGGCCACACCAGCAUGUUCUCUCCACCCUGAGUGGCAUCGGCCUGGCUCUCACGGUGUAUGCCACGUUCCUCAGCGCCUUCCUCUGCUUUGCCUUCCGCUCUGGCCAUAGCCUGGACCGCAGAGGCAAAUAUGCCCCGGCCACACAGGCACGUAACCGGCAGCCCCAGGAGCCCAGCCUCUUCAGAUGCUCCCAGGGUGAACCCACACCUCGACCUCCCUCUGGAGCAGACGCUGUUGGUGACCACUGGGGUCUAAGAGGACACUCAGAGGGGCCACGGUGGCUCCAGGACAACUGACACACUGCUGCGUCCCCGUCCUGCACUUCUCCACGGAGGCAAAGACACCCUGGCCGAGCUGAUGGGUGCAGAGGGGAAGGUUGUCAGAUGAAUAGACAGAGGACAGGAGUGAGUGAGAGCAGCUGGGAUGCCUGCCGCGUUGCCUGUGCAGCAGUGACUCGGGGGCUCGAGGCCACACUGUACACAUGCUCCCAGUUCUGCCAGUCUAGCCAAGGAGGCCUCAGCUGGUGCAUGGGGGGCUGUGCUCCUGCUCCAAUAUUUUCAGGCCUGCGGUGGGGACAGAGGUCCCCAAGCCCUUGAUCCUGGGCCGCUGCUCCCCCAGGCCAGCCUUGGAAAGUCGAGUCUCUCUCAGGCUGACUGAUGCCUCCUCCUUCCUGCUGGGAGGUGCAUGUGACUAGGUGCCCCCCCCCCCAAGCUCCCCAUCUGCGUCCCCAUCCUGGUUUUGUUUGAGUUGUGGUGAAAUGCACAUAACAUAAAAUUUGCCAUCUCUGCC